UGGAUUUUAUUUUUCUGAAAAAAGGAACAAUUACAAGGCUCAAGAUGGUAUUCAAUAGAGUGAAAAACUUUAUAUCCUACUGGUAUCUACAAUAUCUUUUGGCAACAUCUGUUUACAUGUUGGAGCCCCUGGAAAGAAGAGUCUUUAAUUGCUUGUUGAUUAUUGUGCUGGCGAUGUUCAUGUAUACAAGUUAUGUUUUCCUUCCGGGCCAUGCCAGAAUGAUUAUUUAUUUCAUAAAUACAUAUAUACUGGGAGGGAAUCCAUCAGAUGCAAGUGUUUAAGGAACAGAUGAGCAUGAAAGGGGGGAAAGCUUCGAAGAAGAAAUAUAGACGGACACAAAGUGAUCUCGAAGGUUGUUCUUUAUUAUGAAGAAAUGGUGCAAUGGAAACCAAAGAAAAAAACUAGAAAUAGAUUGAUUUACAGUUUACUUGUACAUACAUGUAAAUGAGUUUAUUAUAUUGUUACCUUCACCCUCAUUGGAAUUCGAAAUAGACAUGUGCUGAGUUUAUUGUCAUCAUCAAUUCCUCACAGUCAUUUGAAUCAAGUUGUUGUGUACAUAUAUGUUAUUCUAAAGAAGACAUGCCACUUCAUCAAAGAAAUCAUAAUUUACUUAAGGUUAGUCAAGAUAUGUCUGUGGCCCAUCAUUUAUUUCAACACCAUUUAUUCAUUGUUUAUUUUCUGGACAUAUUUUAGCUUUUAAUAUAUUGUACAUAUAAGCUGUACCAAAUGUUAAUUAUUAGAGGCAAUGUAUAGAAGCAGGAAAAUUUGUGUAAAGGCGUGUAAAUACUGCUCUUGUCAACAUUAUAUUAUUUUUUAUGCAUAAGUCCUUAUCUUGCCAUCAGUGUUUCUAAAGGUGUUAAUUACGCAUUUCUCAUUUGUGUCAUAUGAAAGUGCUACGCAAUGAUGCAGCCAUUAUGGUGAUAUAUGGAAAUAUUUUUACAAAUUUGAUUUCAAAGAUAUUUAUGUUUGAAUAUUUCUGUUAUCAAUAUUCCAUAUAAACCCAAUUCUUUGACCUUGCAGUACGCAAUCUUGGAUAUGAUCAGUACAUGUACUUUAUGGUGUGUUUUAGAGUUGUAUAACAUUGAUAUAUUCUGAUUCAUUAUUAUUAAAACCAAUUUUUUGUGUUUAAAUACAUGUAUAUAAACAAUGAGAUUGAGAAAAAAGACUUAUCAAUGUACCCUUAAUAUGAUGGGUUGGUAUGUGCCAUUUUGUUAUUCUAAGCUCUAUGUAGUACUUUUUCUAUUGGUUUUAAAAUUGAAUUAAAAGAUAUAAAGGCCUUUUGUCUUUCUUGUUUGCCCAUCUUCUUUGUGAAGAACUUCCAGACC